CUGGGCUCGGGCAGCCUGACGUCACACCGCACCCCGAGGUAUUUACCUUCGAAAAGUGGUGGCGGCUGCAGUCUGGCUCAGGCCCUGUGCCCCUGAAGACAUGGAGUUUGUGUCUGGAUACCGGGAUGAAUUCCUUGAUUUUGCUGCCCUCCUCUUUGGCUGGUUCCACAAGUUCGUGGCAGAGCGCGGGGCUGUAGGGACCAGCCUUGAGGGUCGCUGGCGGCAGCUGGAGGCUCAGAUCAGAAGGUUGCCCCAGGACCCGGCCCUUUGGGUGCUCCACGUCUUGCCCAACAGCAGUGUGGGCAUCAGCCUGGGGCAAGGGGCAGAGCCAGGCCCUGGACCAGGCCUGGGGGCUGCCCGGCUGCUGGGAGAUGAGCCCCCACUCCACCUGCGAGACCUAAGUCCCUACGUCAGCUUUGUCAGCCUGGAGGAAGGGGAGCAAGGAGAGGAGGAGGAGGAGGAGGAGGAAGAAGAAGAGAAUGGAAAGGAGGAGGGUGCCGGCACCAAAAAGGUAGAAACGGACGAGGAUGGGGAGCCGGCCCCUGGCAGCAGGGAGCCCCCCCGGGAAGCCACCCCUCCAGGGGAGCCAGAGGAGGCCGAGCAGGAGGCUGGAGGUGGCGAGGAUGGCAAAGAAGACAGGGCAGAAGACGGGCCGGGGCCUGAGAGGAGGACGGGGCGGAGAGGUGGUGCUGCCCCCUUGCACCUUUCCUGUCUCCUACUGGUGACGGAUGAACAUGGCAUCAUCCUGGGCAUUGACCUGCUGAUGGAAGGAGCACAGGGGAGCACCAGCAGGGGCUCAGGGGCUGAGAACCUGGCUCCUCGAGCCUAUGCUCUCCUCUGCCACAGCAUGGUCUGCCCCAUGGGCUCCGGAGAUCCCCGAAAGCCCCGACAGCUUACUGUGGGAGAUGCCCAGCUGCAUUGGGAGCUGGAGAGUCUGGUCCCAAGGCUGGGAGUGAAGUUAUCCAAGACCCCGAUGCGGACAUGGGGUCCCCGGCCAGGCUUCACCUUUGCCUCCCUUCGGGCUCGAACCUGCCAUGUUUGUCACAGGCACAGCUUUGAAGUGAAACUGACACCCUGCCCCCAGUGCGGUGCUGUCUUGUACUGUGGAGAGGCUUGUCUCCGUGCGGACUGGAAGCGAUGCCCAGAUGACGUAAGCCACCAAUUUUGGUGCCCAAGGCUUGCAGCCUUCAUGGAGCGGGCUGGAGAACUGGCAACCCUGCCUUUUACCUACACCGCAGAGGUGACCAGUGAAACCUUUAACAAGGAGGCCUUCCUGGCCUCCCGCGGCCUCACUCGUGGCUAUUGGACCCAGCUCAGCAUGCUGAUUCCAGGCCCUGGCGCCCCCAGGCACCCAAGGGGCAGCACACCCUCCCUCAGCCUUCUUCUCCAUGGAGAUCCUUACCAGCCUCUCCAGGGGGAUGGGCCUGCUCUGAUGCCUCCAGUGCCCCCAGAUUCACCCAGGGGCCUCUUUGGCUCGUGGCAGGAUUACUACAUUUGGCGGGGCCUCAGCUUGGACUCCCCCAUGGCCGUGCUCCUCACCUACCCACUGACUGUGUACUACGUCAUCACCCACCUGGUGCCCCAAUCCUUCCCUGAGCUCAAUAUCCAGAACAAACAGUCACUGAAAAUCCACGUGGUGGAGGCCGGGAAGGAGUUUGACCUUGUCAUGGUGUUUUGGGUAAGUCCCUCCAGGCCUGAAGGGUGGGCAUCUGGGUAUGGAGGUGAACACAGGGUGGGAUCCAGAUUCGUCCUCUCUGCCCUUCAGGAACUCUUGGUCUUGCUCCCCCACGUGGCCCUGGAGCUGCAGUUUGUGGGUGAUGGCCUGCCCCCUGAAAGUGACCAGCAGCACUUUACUCUGCAGAGGGAUGGCCCUGAAGUAUCUGUCCGCCCUGCUUCUGGCAUAUCAGCACGGCUCAGCUCUGGGACUAAGGAGAAGGGGGGCCGCAGAGACCUGCAGAUCAAGGUGUCUGCAAGGCCCUACCACCUGCUCCAGGGGCCCAAGCCUGACUUGGUCAUCGGAUUUAACUCUGGCUUUGGACUAAAGGACACUUGGCUGAGCUCGCUGCCCCGGUUACAGUCCCUCCGAGUGCCGGCGUUCUUCACCGAGAGCAGCGAGUAUGGCUGUGUGAUGGACGACCAGACCAUGGCGGUGGCCACAGGAGGGGGGACCAGCCCUCCACAGCCCAACCCUUUCCGCUCCCCGUUUCGCCUCAGAGCGGCAGACAAUUGCAUGCCCUGGUACUGCAACGCUUUCAUCUUCCACUUGGUCUACAAGCCCUCGCACGGUAGCGGGGCCCGCCCGGCGCCCGGGCCGGUGACUCCGGCCCCAACUCCUACAGCCCCUCCCGCCCCCGCCCGUAGGCGCCGAGGAGAAAAGAAACCUGGGCGGGGGUCCCGCCGGCGCAGGUGA